CAUAAUGGUCAACGGUUUAGUUGGCAGACCCGUCCGUAAAAGCUUUUCGAAUCCGUGCAACCAUCAUUAUCGUCGUCAGCUUGUUCGUAUCCGGAGCAGCAAGCAUACCGUCAUCACAGAACAACAUCCAGUUCCAUAAUACAUGGAUAAGUCGAGGAGAAUGCUGGCCGGGGCUUGCUGUUGCUUUGAUGGCCGGAGCUUCGCCGACGCAGGCGGAGAGAAAGGAAGCUCCGACACCGACAGGGACCCGGUCCUGCUGGUGUCGGGCAUGGGCGGGUCAAUUCUCCAUUCCAAGAGGAAGAAGUCCGGCUUCCAGACUCGGGUUUGGGUCCGCCUCCUCCUCGCCGACUUCGAGUUCAAGCAGAAGCUCUGGUCGCUCUAUAAUCCCGAUACAGGCUAUUCGGAGCCGCUGGAUAAUAGCACUGAAAUCGUGGUGCCCGAAGACGAUCAUGGGUUGUAUGCAAUUGAUAUUUUGGAUCCCUCACUUUUUGUAAAACUUAUACAUUUGACCGACGUGUACCAUUUCCACGACAUGAUUGAUAUGCUUGUUCGAUGUGGGUAUAAGAAAGGUACCACAUUGUUCGGAUAUGGUUAUGACUUCAGACAAAGCAACAGAAUUGAAACCUUAAUGAAAGGCCUUAAAGAAAAGUUGGAAAUUGCAUACAAAGCUUCUGGUGGAAGAAAAGUUAAUAUAAUUUCACAUUCGAUGGGUGGAUUGCUGAUGAAGUGUUUCAUGACACUCCAUAAUGAUGUUUUCACCAUGUAUGUAAACAAGUGGAUCUGCAUUGCUUGCCCUUUCCAAGGUGCACCAGGAUGUAUCAAUGAUGCUCUCUUGACUGGAUUGCAGUUUGUUGAAGGCUUUGAAAGCUUCUUUUUUGUUUCAAGAUGGACAAUGCAUCAGCUGUUGCUUGAGUGCCCAUCAAUAUAUGAGAUGUUGCCAAAUCCUCAAUUCAAAUGGAAAAAGAAACCUGAAAUUCAGGUUUGGCAAAAGCAAUCCAAGGAUGGAAAUACUAGUGUCACGAUGCAAUCCUAUGGUCCAAUGGAAAGUGUUGCUCUCUUUGAAGGAGCAUUAAGGAAUAAUGAGAUACGUUAUGAUGGGAAGACCAUUCCUCUACCUUUUAACUAUUCCAUUCUGAAAUGGGCUGCUGGUACUCGCCAAAUUCUCAACAACGCUCAACUACCCGAAGGGGUCUCUUUCUAUAACAUUUUUGGAACGUCAUUUGACACACCUUUCGAUGUUAGCUAUGGUUCAGAAGAUUCUCCAAUUGAGGACUUGUCAGAAGUAUGCCACUCAAUGCCGGAGUACUCUUAUGUGGAUGGAGAUGGGACUGUUCCUGCAGAAUCAGCAAAGGCUGAUGGAUUUGCAGCAACCGAGAGGGUAGGAGUUGCGAAUGGUCAUCGGCAGCUCUUGCGGGACAAAACAGUAUUUCAGCUUAUUCAGAAGUGGUUAGGAGUGAGCCAGGCCCAGAAGGUCAUAAACCAUAAGAAAAGUAGCAAAGUGAUGGAUUUCGAUUUACACUAACUUGAUUGCACAAGAGCACAUCAAUGAUUAAUCUUUUCAAAGAAUCCAUGUUUUCAUUAAGUCCAAAUGAAGAAACCUUUUGUCUUUGACUUCUGGAUCAACUGUAUGUCAAUAAAUUUCCUCUAGUUUCUGGAUCAACUUUUUGAUUCUUGGACCA